AUGCUGUCCAAGGCACGAGCAGCGUUCAACAAGAACAUAGGCGGACAGCACCAUGAAGGCGACGCAGAGGAGGGCGAGUCCCUCACGACUAUCCUGCGCUCGCCGGAGGACCGCAUGGCACUUACUAUCCUGAUCGCGGACUGCACAGAAGCAAUGCGAAAGGUCAUUGAAGAUGCAUUCGACGCCAACGAGACCGGCACCAAAACCGAUCUGAUCAUUCCCGACCUGGAAGGCGAGAAACCACAGCAAAUGGAAGAUGAGGCUGCAGCAUCAACGGGCGAGGAUGCAGAGGCAAAGCAGAAGGCAAAGGAGAAGCAGCAAAAGAAGCUUGCGCAGCGCGAGAAAGAGCUCGGUCAGGAAAAGAUGCAAGAGCUCAAGAAGGCCGCCCUCGAUCAUUGGGACGAAUGGCGCUCCAAUGUAAUUCAACGAGUGGGUGAAGUUCUGAACUCGAAGCAGGAAGAAGAGCAGCGAGAGCAACAUGCGCCCAAGUCGAAAGAAGAAGAGGCAAAGCGAUCUGCUUCGCCGCCGAUGAAGUUCUCGGACGCACCGAAAUACGAUGAGAGCAUCAAUGAAGCGAUGCGCGCACAUUAUCCGCCAAUCGACAAUCCUUUGAGAAAGCUGCCGCAGGAUCAGCGAGCGCUCAUCAUGCACUCGCUCCUGCUGCUGCUCCUCAGCUUGGAGCACUACCAUGCCGAGUCUAGAACCCUACUACUACGCAUUUCAACUAGUCUCGAUCUCCCUCUCGAUAUCCUUGGCCAAGAUGAGAGCAAGACAGCGCGCGCCUUGUUGGCUGCGGCAGAGAACAUGAGUGCGGACGAGGAGACCAGGAAGAAGGCAGAGGAGAACAAAUCCAGCCGGAAGUGGAAGGUAGGUCUGGCCACUGUAGGAGGCGCAGUCCUCAUCGGCGUGACUGGUGGCCUUGCUGCACCACUUCUCGCUGCUGGGCUAGGUACGGUGAUGGGAGGUCUUGGGUUGGCUGGCACGGCCGCGGCAGGCUAUCUGGGGGCACUUGCGGGCAGUUCAGUCCUUAUUGGGGGCUUGUUCGGCGCGUACGGUGGCCGUAUGGCUGGAAAGACCAUGGAUCAGUAUGCACGCGAGGUGGAAGACUUUGGCUUUGAACCGGUGCGCUCUCACCACAAGCCGAGGAAAAUCGAGAAGGAAUUCCGCCGCCUCCGUGUCGGCAUUGGUAUCAGUGGCUGGCUCACGAAUCAAGAAGAAGUGGUUCAGCCUUGGAAAGUCAUUAAUGCUUCGCUCGAAACAUUUGCCUUGCGCUGGGAGCUAGAGGCAUUGAUGAAUCUUGGCAACUCUAUCACUACUCUUGUCACCUCUGCUGCUUGGACGAUUGCAAAGAAGGAGAUCAUCAAACGCACAAUCUUCGGUGCCCUCGCUGCUGGUCUGUGGCCACUUGCUCUGGCGAAGGUGUCGAAAGUUAUCGACAACCCGUUCUCCGUUGCAAACUAUCGCGCUCAGAAGGCUGGGGAGGUUCUAGCAGAUGCACUGAUCAACAAAGUCCAAGGUGAACGGCCUGUCACACUCGUAGGCUAUAGUCUUGGUGGGAAGGUCAUCUUUGCUUGCCUGAAGAAGCUUGCUGAGCGGAAGGCAUUUGGUCUGAUCGAAAAUGCUGUGAUGAUAGGAACACCAGCACCCUCGACAGCGGCUGAUUGGCGCAUGCUUCGAAGCGUUGUGACCGGUCGACUUGUGAAUGUCUACAGCAAGAACGACUACAUCCUCGGCUACCUAUACCGCAGCCACAGCAUUGCGCUCGGCAUUGCAGGUCUUCAAGCUGUCGAAAACGUCAAAGGCGUUGAGAACGUGGAUGUCAGUAGUCUUGUGGAAGGACAUACCAAAUACAGAUUCCUCACAGGUCCAAUAUUCAAGCAGAUCGGCUUCGAAGACCUCGACCUAGAGGGCAUUGCAGAAGAGGAGAAGGCUCUCAAGGAGCAAGAAGAGAAAGAGGAGAAAGAGCGCGCUGAACAUGAGCGUGAGCAGAAGGGUACAGAUAGUGUCUCGGAUGAGGAUGUGCACAAAAUGGAACAAGAGGUCUCGAAGAAGAAUGAACAGAGCUAUAUCGGAUGGGCGCAGUCAAAGAUGGUCAGCGCUGGCAGUAGUGUCUCAGCAGCGUAUGAGAAAGCUACAGCUCAAUGGCGAUCAAAGGGCAAAGAUAUCGAAGGCAAGCCUGGCGCUGGCUCUGUGGACCAAAACGUGCAGAAGACGACACUGCCAGAACGGCCUGCAUCAAUCUCGAGAAAGCCGGUCCCUCAAGCAGGUAGCAGCACCACGACCACAAAUUCUGAAACAAAAGCUCCGAUCGGAUGGGACGAACCUCCACCGUUACCGAGAAGACCUUCAUGA